UUUACUCGUAUGCGGAUAAAACGUUGUGUGUGGGUGAAAUUUGUAGUGCUGGUUUGGAAAGCGGUUAAUCUGGUUUCUUGUGUAAGAGGAGAUUUCAACGGAUAGUGGCUACAAAUAUUCAUUGAAUGCACCUCGUGAACAAUGAAAACGGACGGGAAACGAUACAGCAAUCGGCGCUGAGCAAUUAGAGAACAAUUGGUAAUGGGAGAAAAUUUUGAUGGGUAAUAACAGUAUAGAUCUGAAAGUGAAGACGAUUACACAGCAACUGCGAAGCAAUGAAUCCAAUAAUCAUAUCAGAUGAAAGUGGAACCAGCGAUGAAUAAGAAGUGAGAUAAAAGGAAGACAGUGGGGUAAAAAGGUGUCCAAAAGCAAACCCAAACCGGUGUCGUAAAGUGAACAGAAAAAAAAAAUUAAAAAAAUGAUGUGAUCAGUUGCUGUAUCAGGAGGUGGAAUAGAAAACGAAUUAGCUUACAGGAGAGAGAAAAAAAAAUGUUUUAUGUGUUGUUCACAUUACCUAAUCAUCGUCAUCGUGAAUAGCGGCAGCAGAAGAAGAAACAAGUGCUUUCACUGGUAGUGGCGUGUGUUUGAUUGAGGGGCCAACACGCGGCCGGAAUUGAAAAAGCGCGAAUUACGCGAAGUUAAAUGCUAUAAGUGUAAUAUCUGGUGGUUAUCUUAUGUGUGUGUUCUAUUGGAAAUAAUUUAAAAAAAAGCAUAACAAGAUACAAACAGCUAGCGAAGGGCUGUUGUUUGGUAUCGAAAACGGAGUUGACCUCAGUUAAGAUAAUUCGGAUAACAGUGUGUGGUAAAAAUGGGGAAAUCAAAUCAUCGACUGUCACGGCUAUUUUGGCUGAUUGGAUUACUCUGCCUCGUGAUAGGAGUUUGCGAGGCACAAAACAAUGAAGUGCAUUCUACGACCACCGAGGAGACCAGCACCACUCUCAACAACGUCAUUGAUGAGUUAGAAUCUUCUUCAACGGUGACACCACUGAGUGUUCUUCCACUGAACAACACCUCUACCAUACAUAAUAAACUAACAACCAAAGAUAGCUCGGAAAGCGUAACAUUGGGACCUGACAGUACAACAACUGGUACCGCAACCUCAACGACCUCACAGCAACCAACAACAGAAGUAACGACAGCGACAACAACGCUCCCUCUGUCUGUUUCGGAUCCAAUUGCAAAUGAGGUAAGCACUGAAUCGGAUGCAGCCAAACAAGGUGCACUCGAGUCUUCCGAGAUGACCUCGAUUGAAAAAUCUCCGAAAGAGCAACCGGUUUUGCUGCACGUCAAGAGCGCUGAGGAGGUCGCCAACGAUCAAAUAGCCACCAAUCCGCCCUCUAUCUUGAAUCAUUUUGUUCCGGCUGGUGAAAGCUCCUCGGAAGAGUUGCUCAAGAUGAGUGACAUGAGAUCAUCGGAUGAAGAGGCACCGCGAGGUCGGUCCAUGAACUUUGGUACGGAUGGACCGAUCAAUUUCGUUACCGCUCCUGACCUAGCCACAACCGUAAGCACGAAAGUAUCAACGACUGAGACACCAUCGGCCACGGUUGGACCGGUGAAAAAACCCGACACGAAAUUUGCGGAUCUUUCCGACAUCAGUAUGGAGGAUGAUGAUGACGGGGCUAUGAAGUCCGAGGAGGAAAUCAGCCACAGCAACUCGACCGGACGGGAACUCACGAUGGCGGUUGCCGGUGAGUGCAUCUACAACGGGGUCGAGUAUAAGACGAACCAAACCGUUGACCGGGAAUGUGAUGAGCGAUGCACCUGCGAAGAGGAUGGCAAAUGGCGCUGCGAGCCUCGUUGUGCGAGGCCAUUUGUCAAACGUGGCAAAACACUGGCGGACGCUGGAUGUUACGAGAGUCCCUCGCAGACGGAUGACUGUUGCGCCACCCUGGUAUGCCCCUCGGAGCGACUGAUCGAUGGCCAAUCAGAAACGAAAACCACGGACAAAAUACCAACGACGUCGAAAGCGAUUGUCACUAGCUGCAUCUAUCGCAAUCAAUCCUAUGAUAUCAACGCCAGGGUCGAGAUGGGCUGUGAUAAAAUCUGUAUCUGCAACAACGAAGGAGAACUGGAUUGCAAUCCGCGAUGUCAACCGAUGAACGAAACGCGCUCCGAGCAUUGUGUAACUGUUCCCGAUCCCAACGACGCCUGUUGCAAUCGAGAGUUUUGUGACGUUAUCCUGGAUGACCACGAGCAACAGAACAGCGGACUAAUGAUGAUGGUUCCCUCGUCUGCUCCAUCAUUGCCAUCAACAGCGGCAGCAGAGCACAGCACAGAGAAGAGUGAUUUCAACGAGGAAAUUGACCAGUGCGAAUACAAGGGAAAGAUGUACACAAAGAAUCAACAGUUCCACGACGAAUGUAACGCAUUGUGUCUCUGUACAGACGUUGGCGUUCACUGUGCGAAAAUCGAGUGUCCAUCUCAUUUCGGUCUUGACGUGUUGGAUCCACAUUGUCUGCGCUGGGAACCAGAUCCAGCCACAUUCCGUGCGAUUAUGCCUCGAUGUUGUCCUGAACGAAUGAGAUGUGUUGAUAAUGGAACCUGUGAGUUCAAGGGUCAGUUUUUCGAUAACUGGUCUGAGAUUCCUAGCAACUUGACUGGAUGCGAUCAACACUGCUAUUGUGAAUCGGGUAAAGUAGAAUGUAGACCAGCUUGUCCACCGGUUCCUGCAACUCCUCCUCCGAAUCUGGCUUGUAAUCCUAGAAUGGCUAGACUGGCGCCUCUUCCGGAUGACGAUUGUUGCAAACACUGGACUUGCACAAGCGGGGAGCCUGCACUUACGGGCAACGAUGUGCUCAAGCCGCUGCUGAUGCCAGAUACUAUUAAUCAAUUUCUCCCGACGAAAGCGCCGAAAAUUGAGAAAGCUGAGAAAAUAAAGCCCGAGAAAGAACCGGAACUACCAAAGGAACUACAACAUGUCCCAUUUUAUCCUACGGUCGAUGGAAGACCGCCGAAGGUUCCGCAGGAGAAACCUCACAAGAAAUAUCCAAAAGAAGAUUCCAAGAAAGAUCAUUAUAAUAAUAUUUUCACCGGUAGCGAGCAGUCCGAACCGGGUGACAUUAAGUACGAUUACGAGAGCUACGAGCAGGGAUCAAAGCCUGCUACACUCGGAGUACAGAGGCCCGGACCGCCAGGUUACUACGGGCCGGAGAUUAAACCCGGCUACAAUGAAUACAAUCCCUACAUCCACGUGGGCGGACUGCCGGGAUCAGUUCCUCUUCCACCGGGUGGGCAGCUCCCGCAUCAUCCACUCGACAAACAGCUUAUCAACGCACUCGGACCCAACCCACAAAACAUCCCAACCAAUAUUCGCAUCGAACAUUUGCUCCAGCAAAUUCAAGCCCAAGAUCCCAAUCCCGGUCCCAUCUUGCACGGACAAAACAUCAACAACAUUCCUUUCCAACACCAAUCAAUCGCAACGCCACAUCAACCCGCGGUCGCCGGUAACGGUAUCAACUACAAUCAGUACGGUGAGCCGCUUGACAUUGGACUUGUCCCGCACCAAAGACCACCUUCACACCCACAAGCAACAGGACCUGGUUUUGGUUACCCAUCACUCCAAACAGACCUCAAGGUGCUCGCACUGGACGCGAUCGACCCGAACACUGUCCGUGUCAUAUUCAUUGUGCCACAAGUGUAUGUUGGAUUACACGGCCGCGUCGAGCUUCGAUACACACGCACACGAAAUAACGACACCUCCACAUGGCAAACUCAAGUUUUUGCACCUCCCGAUGAUCUGAUCGCCACCUCCCAGCUCGAGUUCGAGCUGCCUGGGCUCGAUCCGAAUACCGAGUAUCGGGUAAAAAUCACCCUAGUCUUACGCGACGUCAACUCGCAACCGUCUAGUCAAAUCUACAGCGUGCGAACGCCUUCCGACAGCAUAAUCACUCCGCCGACCCUCAUCAAUACCGAUCUGCACUACCCACACAUAAGCCCACCAACAAACUUUCUUAAGGAGAUCAUUCAGGACCCGGUUCUGCAGGCAAAUGAAGUUAAUGUGACCUGGGCCAAAAUAACAUGGCGUAAGCUGGACGACGAAGAAUUGGACUAUGUCGAUGGAAUCCAGCUUCGCUACAAAGAGAUCGAUGGAAUGGUAUACGACGCGACUCCCUUGAUUCAUCGAUCGCUGAGUGAAUAUACGCUCAAGAACUUGAAGCCCCAAACACGGUACGAAGUUGGAAUAUUCUUCAUUCCAUUCCCUGGCCACGGAGAAGAAGUUCGGACAGGAGAGAUGUUACAUUUUACCACUGCGCAGCGUCUAGACAUGUUUGGUUUCGAGGUGGUUGUAAACGUAAGCAAAGUGAAAGCGAGCAGUGUUGAAGUUAGCUGGUCAGGUGUGCCAUAUCCGGAAGAUAAAUACGUUAAUAUUUAUCGGGCCAUCUAUCAAAGCGACAGUGGGAAAGAAGACUCAAGCGUGUUCAAAGUGGCUAAGCGAGAUUCCACAACCGGGACGCUGAUAUCAGUCCUUAAACCUGGAACACGAUACAGACUGUGGUUGGAGAUGUAUCUUACCAACGGAAGUAUCAAAAAGAGUAACGUUGUGAACUUCAUUACAAAACCAGGCGGUCCUGCGAUUCCUGGACAGACAGGCAAACUGUCAGUAGCCGGUGCCGAUUCAGCAACAGGAGAUUACUAUGGCCCACUCGUCGUGGUAGCCGUGAUUGCUGCCCUAGCCGUUAUGUCCACUCUAAUACUGCUACUCAUUCUUACCCGAAGACGAGUACAAAGUGCCACCAUCACUCCUCCACGAAAAAACGAAGUUUCCUAUGAUAACCCUAGCUAUAAAGUAGAAAUUCAGCAAGAAACAAUGAAUCUCUAACGAAGGAGUUAACCCGUAACUGCUCACUCUGAACUCCAAACGAAAAGCCCCUCUAAUACGCAUACUGCCAUCGAAAGGCACUUUCUGUAUAUUUAUUUUACUCUAGAACUGUUUCAAACUGUACAUAAGCUAGGUUUAAAGCACAGGCCCACGAUAAAACGGAACUCCGUCCCGAAUAAGUUCAUAGUCUGCCCACUCCAAAAAAAUAACCAUUUCAUAUUAGGAUGGAUCUAUUGAUAUUGAAGUUCGGGAAAACGCCGCUACACGCUCUUAGCGAACAAAUGGAAUAACAAGAUGAAUUCCCAGUGUCCAUUCCUUAAAUACAUAUAAAUAGAUUGAUGCUUUACUUAGGUAGUGGAAGUGUUGAAAGCGAAUCCCAACUGUUCUAUAGGUUUAGGACCGAUAUUAGUCAUAGUAGAAACUGUAAAUAUUUAUCGCAAACAAAAUUGUUGAAAAUAUUGAUGUAUGAACGAAUCUUUUACGAUUGACUUUUUGAUAUUGUUGUAAAUAAAAGACAUGUUUUAAAAUAAAC